UGAUGUGAAGCAGUGAUUCUGAUGUGUAUUCUGUAUCCAGUGAAGUAGUUGAUUGAGCGGUGUUCGACCUUUGUUUGAGAUCAUUUCGGGAGAGCUUGUCCUCCCUCUCCCCCUCCCUCUCCCUCCUCUUCCUCCUCUUCCUCUUCCUCUCUCUCUCUCUGUCUCUCACUAGUGCGCCGACCUUCGAGCAUUACUGUCUCGUGGUCCUUCACUCGCAGACUCGAACACCCUGUUUCCGCCCAGCGUCUGGCUAAUCACUACUACUACUACUAUAUCAUCAUUCGCGCACUUCAGCUCGCAUUCUUCCGCGGGCAUACCCACGGUGCUCAUCAUCGUUUCGACUCGGGUCCCUCUUCGUCCGUCUCGUACUUCUUCUUCUUCUUCUCAUCGACUGGGCUCGGGUUGCAAUUCAGAGCUUUGCCCCCAGCAAAGCUCGUGUCCUUCAGCAGCAACUCGCCUCAUCUUCGACGAGGACAUGUAGCGCUACUUCUGUAGGGAAGUUAGAGCAUCCACCGUCCACUCGCGAUCGAGAACUGAAUGACAGCUCAGUGUAAAGCAGAUGUCAAGUAGAAUGUGCAAGCUCAAUGCCGGAGAGUCAUUCGGCGCACUACCAGCAGCAACUCCUGAGUUCGGGGUCCUCGGGCGGAACUUCAACCUUGUAUAGAACGAGCCAAUCCAAUAGGUGUCAAAAUUAAGAGACUUCGCGGCAACCAUGGGACGAGCUCCGUGUUGUGAGAAGGUUGGGCUAAAUAGAGGACCUUGGACGAGAGAAGAGGACCUCAAGCUCACUGAUUACAUCUCCAAACACGGUGAAGGUUGCUGGCGAACGCUUCCUAAAAACGCAGGCCUGUUAAGGUGUGGGAAGAGUUGCAGAUUGCGGUGGAUCAAUUACCUCCGUCCAGACCUAAAGCGCGGAAAUAUUUCCGAAGAAGAGGACAAUCUGAUCAUCACCUUGCACUCCCUGCUCGGGAACAGAUGGUCUCUUAUCGCUGGACGUCUGCCAGGGAGGACAGACAAUGAGAUAAAGAACUACUGGAAUACUCAUCUGAAGAAGAAGCUGAGGAGUAUGGGAAUCGAUCCGAACUCGCAUCGUCCACUGAGCCAGGCGGCCAUGGCAGUGGGGAGCCAUAUAUCGCAGGAAUCGAACGUCAGUCCGUGCUGCACACUCGCGCCUCAACAGCAGAUUGCUGCAAUCAAGCCCAAUUGCAAGACGUUCCAGAGUCUAUCGAUGGCUCAUCAGGCCGAAUUGAAUGGCGCCAUGAUGCCGCAAUGUAUUAUGAAAGACGAGAGCUAUCAGACGAUGGCUUUGGUCGAGAGUUUUCUUAGAGAUAAUACCGUUUACGCCGAAUCUCAAGCGCUGCCACAACUCAGAGAACAUUGCAGCGCUGCAACAGGCGGAGGCUGCGGCGGCGGCGGCGGUGGUGGAGGAGGAGGAGCUGCAGCAACUGCACCAAUCUCGCAUAGGUCUAACUACAUGUCUCUGGACAAAUCCGAAAGCCUCUCCAUGCUCUCGCCUUGCUCUCCUGUGAGCAUUCUGCAACAUUGCAGUCUCAGCACUGACAGGGAGAAGUCUCCGAGCUCGCAGGCACUCACCGAUUUCACCACAAGCCAUUCGGAUUUCGAUCACAAACAAGCGCUCGGUGGGAUGACUUUCGGUGAAAGUCCAUCUCUCACGAGUGAAUCCACCGCCAGCAGCGGAUUUUUACAAGUCGACAGAGGAACGCCGACCUCGUAUGAACCGGUGCCGGCUGCAGCGGCGUGGGGGGCACAGCUUUCCACGAGCCUUCCUCUCGUCAACUCCUUAGACAUGAGCGCCGAUCACCGCAAGCGGUACCAAGAGGCGACUGACAUUUCAUCGACGAACUGUCCCAACUUCCAGAAGAUGUUGUUCAACGAAGAUGUCUUGUCGCCGUGGGACAUGGAGAUUCUUCAGCCCUUGGGCGAUUCUCUGGGAGACCACGCCGAGAUGGAUCCCAACGCGUUUCAUUGCAGUAGUAAUAACCCAGCAACUCUCUGGGACUCUGAGAUGACUCAUUCAAAUCAGCUCCCUACUGCCUUCUAGCCCUGAAUAGAUAUCUGCUAGUGCACGAAAAGCCGCGAUCCCACAAUUCAGUGUCCUGAUUUAUCACCUGACAAUUCGCAGUUCAUCUCGGGCAUCAUCAUUCUUUGGCAUGCUCGACAUUCAGACACCGUGUACCCGAAGUCCAGUCCACUCUCAAUGCAAGAGCGAACCGAGAAUCAUAGAAGAAGGAGCCUGUUCAAUAAAAGACACCCACACCCACAGCGAUGAUUUGAAAUUGUACGACUGACUAGAGUGGACUGCAGCCAGUCCGUUCGUCAGUGACCUUGUAACAUAGCCUCCUGGUCGGUCGGAUCAGUCAUAUGCUUUGUUCGCAGGGGAGAUUCGGACAGCAAGAAACUUAGCAGCCUGUUUCAUAAUCUCUUGCUCAGUUCCACCUCCUCCGACUGUAAUUCAAUCUGCACCAAGUCACUGCUUUCUGCCUGGCUGUGGAUCCGACAGCGCUUGGUUCAUCAUCGAUUCCUUCUUCUGAAAUAAAGAUCUACUAUAUUCAUGCCCGAUGUUGUCAAUAUCUGAAUCUGUAGAG